UUAAUAUUUAUGAAAAUAUCCCUUUAGUAUUCUGUAGUAACGUACUAUUCUGUGAUUUAUGGGUUAUUUGUUAUUUGGAAGAAAUAUAGGUUAUAUUUGAAAACGUUGGAAAAUGGGGUUUUCACUUCGAGGUUUCUGAAAAGCAGUGAUAAUGGGUUGGCAACUUGAAAUUGCUAAAAUGGCAAUGUACUUGGCAUUUCCUGUUACCAUGUUUUAUUAUUUCAACCAACCACAAUUGUUUGAGGAGUGGGUGGUGCAAACAAAGCGAGAAAUAUUUCCACCUGAAAAUGAAGAACAAAGAAAGCAAUUUCGUGACACUUUCAGGUAUAUACAAAAUAAAAAUGCUGGGUUUGGGGCCAAUGCAGAGCAAUAAACAUCUUUAACAUUUAUUGCUAAAUAAAAAUGUAAACAUUGCUACAAUGUGUUGAAAUAGUUAUCAAUGAUUGUUAUUAGACUAGUUUUAAUAUUCA